GGCGCGCGGGCCACAGCGGCCGGGAGGCUGCAGCCACUCACCUGCGGCAGGUGCAGCCGGAGCAGCCCGAGAAGAUGCAGCGCGGGCGGACGGUGCGGCUGCAGCACGGGAGCCGCGUGGAGGCCGUGUACGUGCUGGGCACCUACCUCUGGACUGAUGUCUACAGCGCGGCCCCAGCAGGGGCACAGACAUUCAGCCUGAAGCGCUCAGAGCGCGUGCAGGUGGAGGUGGUGCGCGAUGGACAGGCGGAGGAGGUGGCCACCAACGGCAAACAGCGCUGGCCUCUCUCACCCAGCACCACGCUGCGGCUCACCAUGGGCCAGGCCAGCACCGAGGCCAGCAGCGACAAGGUAACCGUCAACUACUAUGAGAAGGAAAGCAGCACCCCCAUAGACCAAGCUGGGCUCUUCCUCACGGCCAUCGAGAUCUCCCUGGAUGUGGAUGCAGACCGGGAUGGUGUGGUGGAGAAGAACAACCCAAGAAAGGCGUCCUGGACCUGGGGCCCCGAGGGCCAGGGGGCCAUCCUGCUGGUGAACUGUGACCGAGACACUCCCUGGCUACCCAAGGAGGACAGCAGUGAUGAGAAGGUCUACAGCAAGGAAGACCUCAAGGACAUGUCCCAGAUGAUCCUGAGGACCAAAGGCCCUGACCGCCUCCCUGCUGGAUACGAAAUGGUUCUCUACAUCUCCAUGUCGGACUCGGACAAAGUAGGCGUGUUCUACGUGGAAAACCCUUUCUUCGGCCAGCGUUAUAUCCACAUCCUGGGCCGCCAGAAGCUGUACCAUGUGGUCAAGUACACGGGCGGCUCCGCGGAGCUGAUGUUCUUUGUGGAAGGCCUGCGUUUCCCAGAUGAGGGCUUCGCAGGUCUGGUCUCCAUCCAUGUCAGCCUGCUGGAGUAUAUGGCUGAGGGGAUCCCCCUGACACCCAUCUUCACGGACACCGUGACAUUCCGGAUAGCUCCGUGGAUCAUGACCCCCAACACCCUGCCUCCUGUGUCGGUGUUUGUGUGCUGCAUGAAGGACAACUACCUGUUUAUGAAAGAGAUCAAGAGCCUGGCGGAGAAGGCCAACUGUGAACUCAAGGUCUGCUUCCAGUACAUGAAUCGGGGUGACCGCUGGAUGCAGGAUGAAAUUGAGUUUGGCUAUAUUGAAGCCCCCCACAAAGGCUUCCCUGUGGUGCUGGACUCGCCCCGAGAUGGAAAUCUGAAGGACUUCCCAGUGAAACAGCUCCUGGGCCCAGAUUUUGGCUACGUGACCCGGGAGCCCCUCUUUGAAACUGUCAACAGCCUUGAUUCCUUUGGGAACCUGGAAGUGAGUCCCCCAGUCACAGUGAACGGCAAGACAUACCCACUGGGCCGGAUCCUCAUUGGAAGCAGCUUUCCACUGUCUGGUGGCCGGAGGAUGACCAAGGUGGUGCGUGACUUCCUGCAGGCCCAGCAGGUGCAGGCGCCCGUGGAGCUCUACUCGGACUGGCUGACCGUGGGCCACGUGGACGAGUUCAUGACCUUCGUCCCCAUCCCAGGCACCAAGCAGUUCCGGUUGCUCAUGGCCAGCACCUCCGCCUGCUACAAGCUCUUCCGAGAGAAGCAGAAGGAGGGCCACGGGGAGGCCGUCAUGUUCAAAGGCCUGGCUGGGAUGAGUAGCAAGAGGAUCACCAUUAACAAGAUUCUGUCCAAUGAGAGCCUCGUGCAGGAGAACCUGUACUUCCAGCGCUGCCUGGACUGGAAUCGUGACAUCCUCAAGAAAGAGCUGGGGCUGUCGGAACAGGACAUCAUUGAUCUGCCGGCUCUGUUCAAGAUGGAUGAGGACCGCCGGGCCUUAGCCUACUUCCCGAACAUGGUGAACAUGAUCGUGCUGGACAGGGACCUGGGCAUCCCCAAGCCUUUCGGGCCCCAGACAGAAGAGGAAUGUUGCCUGGAGACACACGUGCGCUCGCUGCUGGAGCCCCUGGGCCUCUGCUGCAGCUUCGUGGAUGACAUCUCCGCCUACCACAAGUUCCUGGGGGAGGUGCACUGUGGCACCAACGUCCGCAGGAAGCCCUUUGCCUUCAAGUGGUGGCACUCGGUGCCCUGACCUGCACCCCUCCUACCCCCUCGCGUUCUCCAACUCCCUCCAGCCUCCGGUCUGGCCCUGCCUGCCCGCCCCGACCCCGUGGCCAUGUCCUGCUGGGGAUGUCUGUGCCUUGCUGUCUUGUCCCUCAGAAGGGCCCUCGUGCCCACAGAAGUUGCCCCGCUUAAGCUCUGCUCUGUCCUUCCUAAAAGUAGCUGGACACCUGGCCAGUGUGUAGGUAGCCCUGACGUGGAAGAAACAAAAGCAAGUCCCCAGACCAUCCCCCCAAGAACGUUGGUCUCCUGUCCAAACCUAGAAGGGGUGUGGGGGGUGAGGGAGAAGGGACUGGAAUCACCAGGUCUCCCGGUGGCCGUGCAGUGAAGAUCAGAGAAGAAUUCGUGGAAAAAGAACCUGGGGGUGGGCCUUGAGGUAGCACUGGUACUUCGGCUCCCUCACAGUGGCCAGGCGGUGGCCGUCCCAGCUGUUCAUUCCUUACCUGCCUCUCUUAAAUCGCCUUGGCUUCCUCUCUGUGGUGUAGACACUGCUGACCCGCCUCCCCACUCCCUAAGGGUCCAAUAAUUUCACUUAGAGCCUUUCCUGGAAACGGAUGGUUUUUUUUUUUUUCCACCAGAGAGCACUGCUCAACUCUGGUUUAUGGUGGUGAGGAAGAUUGAACCUGGAACUUCAAAGCCUCAGGCGUAAGACUCUCUGCGUAACCUUUAUGCUAUCUCCCCCCCACCCAAAGCAGGUUUUCUCAAAGCCACCUUUCCCACUUAUUUUAUUUCAUCUUCUCUUAUCUUUUGUUAUUGACAGAGCUUUACUACUUCAGACUGACUUUUUGUUGUUGUUAUUCAUUUAGAAAGAAAGAGAGAAGGAAAGAUAGAUAGCACCAAAAACUUCCUCCAGUACAGUGCGGUCAGAUUUGAACCUAUGUCUCCUAUAGGACAAAGCAGAGAUAGACUAUCCAAGUGAGCUAGCUUGACGGCCUCUUUUUUCAAAAUGCCCAUGACGCCUCAUCUUUCUUGUGGACACACACUCUCCAGACUCAGGGGCCUCUUCCUAGACCGGGACCUGUGAGUCCGGUGUGUGACAGGUGCCUGACAGUCAGCCAUGUCCACUCUCUCUUGCCUGGCCCUCCGUUCCGCUCAGCCCCUGCCUUCCCUUCUCUCUGGGCCUCCACUUCCUUCCUAUUCCUGCUGUCAUUCCCCCCCCCCCCCGAGACAGCUAGACAGAGACUUCUCCACCAGCCAGGCUCAGACCUUCCUUCCCCCAGGACAUAAUUACAGACCCAGAUCUCCUCAGCAGACAUCACACCCAACACCCAGGAUUCUAGCCCAGACGGCUAAGUCCAGGUCAGCUACGACUCUUGGAUUAAUUACCUUGUUAAAGUUCGUUUGCCGGAGAGCCUCUCAUUGGAACAUCACCACAUUAAUCCUCUGGCUCCUACACAAAA